UAGUUAAAAUAAAAUAAGCCUAUGUAAGUCUAUGAUAAUGAUAAAUAUUAUUAAACCUUCACAAUAGUUCAUUGAUUAUAAACCCGGCGGGUCCCGGUGGUUCCGGCCGGCGGGGCGGUGCAGUCAGUGUCUGCGGGGGACGGAGCACCUCAGACGGGAUGGAGGCUGUCGGUACGCGGCGGUAGCUCCGCGGAUCUCCGGCCGGCCGCUGUGAGUCCUCUCCCCGCUCAGGAUGUCUGUGUCCGGGAUGAAGAAGCAGCUCCACAAAGCCAGCCAGCUGCUGAACGAGAGGCUGAUGGGAGCUGAGGGGACGAAGAUGGACGAAGACUUCCUGAAGAUGGAGAAGAGCGUUGCAGUCAUCCACUCUCUGCUGGUCGAGCUGCUGUCCAGAACUACAGAGUUCCUCCAGCCGAACCCAGCCGACAGAGCCAAACUGAGCAUGCUCAACACGAUGUCCAGGAUUCGAGGACAGGGGAAGUCGGUGGGCUACCCGCAGACAGAGGGCAUGCUGGGAGACUGUAUGUUGCACUACGGCCAGGAGCUCGGAGCUGCUUCUGAAUUUGGCGGCGCUCUGUCUGGUGUGGGUGAAGCUCUGCAGCAGGUUGCUCAGGCCAGGGACACUCUGGACAUCAACGUCAAACACAGCUUCAUCGACCCCCUGCAGGACCUCCAUAACACGGAGCUGAAGGAGAUCAGGUACCAGCUGAAGAAGCUGAACGGUCGUCGGCUGGACUUCGACUACAAGAGGAGACGAAGAGGGAAAGUCCCGGCGGAGGAGGUCCGACAGGCCUGGGACAAGUUCAUCACGUCCAAAGAGCUGGCAGAGAGGAGCAUGUUCAUCCUGCUGCAGAACGACGUGGAUCAGCUCAGUCGUCUGGCUGCUCUGGUCGCCGCGCUGUUGGACUUUCACCGCAACACCCACCGCAUCCUGCUGGGUCUCCAUGGCAACCUGCAGGCAAGGCUGACGGCUGCCAGCAACAGACCAGAGCGACGGUUCAGACCCAAAAGGAUCCGGAUCAGGAGUGAACACAACGGCAGCAUCGGGUUUUACCACCAGCCGGCAGUCACAUCUACAGUUUCCUCAGGAGAGCAGUUCACAGCGUUACCGUCCAGACCCGGCAGUCCCAUCUCCUGUUACGGUGUCUCUCGCCCAGCCGACAGUAAGCUGGUCCUGGAUCAGCCCUGUUGCCGGGCGCUGUACUCCUUCCACCCGAACCACGAGGGCGAACUGGACUUCAGCGAAGGCGACGUCAUCAUCCUAACCAAUCAGGUCGACGCCAACUGGUACGAGGGCACGCUCGGUGGCCGGUCGGGACUGUUCCCCGUCAGCUACGUGGAUGUGCUGGUGCCUCUGCCGUUACCAUGACGACAAAACAUCCACGGACUCCACGCCAAACACAGUACACGCCGGUCUGAGUGUGCUUUCCAUGAUAUGCAACUUUUUUCGGCUUCUUAUGUGCACUUUUUCACACUCACAGGAAAGGAAGGCCAUAGUUUCUACUGGAGAGCACUUUAGUUCCUGAUCUCAUGUUAGACGUUAAAACACCAGCUGCUACAGAGCUCAGUCCGUAAAACAAGUGUGUGUUUCCCUUUAAGACUUUUAGCUUCUUUUCCAGCACAAAACUGCUCUUGCCUUUCACGUUUCUAUUUCUAAACUCAAACACAUACAGCCACGUCAGUCUGAGAAGUUGAAUAAGAUAGAUCGACUGUUUUAGAGCGCCAUCAGGGUGCAACCACUAGAAUGUUUCAUGAUAAAUAUCAGUGUAAGUUUACUUUAUAUUUAAGGCUACCAGUGUCGUGGGUGGUACUGUGUGUUUUGUGCUGACAGGACAGUAAUGAUCAGUGUCGUUCACUCUGCAUGUACUUAAAGCAAACUUAUAGUAUUGUCGGCACUUUAUCUGAAGCUUUAUGAGAUUUUUAUGACUUAAAGGUACAAUAUGUAAUUUCUGCCACUAGGGGGUCGCUCACAUCAAAACAAUAAUAAAAGAGGGAGUGGUGAAGUAGUGUGGGAUCAUGGGAGUCUUUUGCAGAAAUUUUAGCCACCUAAAAGAAAAAUAGUUUAAGUGUACUCUAUAUUUCUCUCUUCAAAUCCACCAGACUCCAUUGACAAAAACAGCAAUUUACCUCUCUGAACAGGAGUUUCUGUUUCUACAUUGAGGAGAAUCUAUUGUCAGAAUAUAAUUCUGACAUUGUGUGUUUGUUACCUUAGAUUGAGACGUUUUUAUCUACAGAGGGAGCGGGUCCUCUUCUGGUGGAGUCCACCAUGUUUCUACAGUAGCCCAGAACGGACAAACCAAACACUGACUCUAGAUUGAGCCUUAUGAGUUUCACAGCCACCGUAGUUUCUCCUCCACACUUGGAUGGGAAGGUAAAGUGAGGGAGUUGCAGUCUGCAACUACACCGCUGGAUGUCACUAAAUCCUACACACCGGACCUUUAACCCGCUGAUUCAGAUCGAGGCAGCGAUAGAAAGUCUCGUAUCCUUCGAGGUAACAUGGCUGUUUUUUUCAAUGGAGUCUGGUGGAUUUGAAGAAAGCGAUAUAAGAUAGAUAGAUAGGACUGUGACGGCAAAGUAAAGUGGAGAAAAAGUUCUAAAUAUAGGGACAGUUAAACUGAUAUUAAUUUUCUGAGGUGGGCUUUUAUUUAUGAGGCUGAAAUCUGAAUUUCUGCUGCGCUCGUCCACAGCUGUGACCGCUGACUCUGCACAACCCCCCCUUCAAUAAACCUGAACUAAUCUUUUAAAGGGACUGCUAACACACAUUUGUAUUUUGAAGUAAUCUAAUGAUUACAUUACAAACCAACUGACACACGCCUGCUGUAGUCUGCAGCUAAUGCUAGUUAGCAGACUAACAAAGAAACCUUUACAGAACAAAUAGCACAUUGAAAGACCUUUAUAGUGUUUCUGCACGCUUCACUAGAUUAACUGUCAAAGAAUCAGAUCUGUGGUAGAUUACUGUAACACAUCACUGUUGCACUUAAAGGAGCUGUUCAACAUUUGGGAAUCUGUUGAAGAUAUAACUUUCAUUUGUGUGUGUCUGUAUGAUCAGUAUCAGUAAUAAAGUACUCACACACACACACAGAUGAAACAGAAACAAUGGUCUCAUCAACAAACUAUAGGAUAGUUAAUAUAGACUGUAUAAAGUAAAUAUUAAUGUAAUGGCUUUAAAUUAGCAUCUGAUUUUACAUGGUAAAUAAAUUCACAUGAAUGUAGUGAAACUGUGUGAUUAUAUAUUAAUUAUAUUUAGUUUUCUGUAAUUGGAGACAGAAAGACAGCAGGAAAACAUUCAGGGCAACAGUUGGAGAACAAGCUUUAUUUUUAUAAUGUUGUCAAGUAUUUUAAAAAUUAUUUUAUUAAAUUAUUUCAGCAUUGACCAAAAACCUCAAAGUGGUCGAGGUAUUAAAGAAAUAUGAAUCCUGUUACGUUACAGCCUGAGUCAGUGUUUAUCAGCAGAGAGUGAACGGGUUGUAGUGUAGCUUUGUCCCUCUGCUGUCUGUGGACUGAUCUCUAUGUGUCUCUAUGUAGGAUGAGGGUCAAAGGUUGUGACCUUUAUGCUCCCGAGUGCCUUCUCUCUCCGCUUCCCUACAGUGCCAACAGUGGGCAACACUAGCUAACAUUAGUUUAUAAAUGGAGUCUGCUAACGACUACAAACGACCAACACCCACCACAACACAGAGUCCACAACACA